GAAUCCGGCUGAUUCAACUGCCGGAGGGUCACGGUUUCCAUGGUAACCGGGCCUAAUCUGCCUCCUUCAGUUUACAGCCCAGUUCUUCCCGACUAGGACGAGCUUUCGCUGCAGAAAGCUGUCAAGUCUUUUUAAACAAAGCCGAGGAGAAGGUAAGCGCCGGAGACGAAGUGACUCCCGUGCAUUGAGCUUGGCUUCCAGUCUGAACGAAAUAGAUGGGCUGGAAUUGAAUUUGUGAUCGGGGCGAGAGCUACGUGAAUCUAUUUACUUUUGAAGAUGUCUGUAAGACAAUUGUUGGUUUAGGAGCACUUUUGAAGAAAUGGCGACAAGCAGCUCUACGUUCUGCCUCGGCACUUCGCAAGAUCAAAUGCUGUCUUCAGAGCACGAAAGUCAGGUAAAGCCCAAGCCGCUUUUGCUUAAAUUGCUGCGGUUUGCAGGUGCGCAGAAUGAAACCUUUACAGUGAAGGAGGUAAUGUACUACUUAGGGCAAUAUAUAAUGGCUAAACAGUUGUAUGAUGAAAAACAGCAGCAUAUCGUCCAUUGUUCAGAUGAGCUGUUGAGCCACUUGUUUGGAGUGCAGAGCUUUUCAGUGAAAGAACCACGGACAUUGUAUGCAAUGUUAUCAAAAAAUCUGACAUCUGUGAACCGUAAAGAUACUAUAAAUGAUCUCAAUCUUGGAAAGGAGAUUACCAACCAUCUUGGGGGUGAAGAUUGUCUUGUGGUUGGAAAGCAAAAUGAUGGGAAUGCAUGCACAUCUUGCAGUGUUUCUUGUCCUCCUGUUCCAGGCAGAAGAUCUAAUUCUGGUGAAUCUGAUAAUGAAAUUUCUUCUGAGGAUCAAUUUCACAAUAGACGUCGAAAACGACACCGAUCAGAUAGCAUUUCUCUCCAUUGGGAUGAUCUGUCUUUAUGUCUAAUAAAUAAACUUCGUCGUGAACAUGGAAACAGCGAAUCAUCAGAUUCUCCUAGCCAUCUGGACUUUAACUCUGCUACAGAAGGAGAGGACUCCAGUGAUAAGUUCAGCGUUGAGUUUGAGGUUGAGUCAAUACAUUCUGACGAAUAUAGCAAUUUUAGUGAAGAUUCACAAGACCCAACUGAUGAAGAGGUUUAUGAAGUUGCCAUAUAUGAAGCUGCUGACAGUGAUGAAGGCACCUUUAUUGAAGAAAUUGAUCCAGAGUUAUCUGUAGCUGAUUAUUGGAAAUGUUCUGAAUGUGAAGAACUGAAUCCUCCACUACCACGAUUCUGUCACCGAUGCUGGUCCCUUCGGCAAGAUUGGCUUCCAGAUAAACCUAAACUCAAGCGGUGUGACACAGUGGAAAAUGAAGGUAUUGAUGUUCCAGAUUGCAAAGCAUCGAUGCUUGAGUCAAAGGAGUCAAACUGUUCUGAUUUGAUCAGUGAAACUUCUCAUUACUCAGAAUCACAAGAAACUGAAUGUUCACAACCAUCUACAUCUGGAAGUUUCAGCUGUUGCAGCCAAGAAACUGAAAAAGAAAAUGCAGACAAGGGAGAGAAAGGAGAUCUCAAUAAUUCUGGACCUUUUGAAGUCUGUGUUAUAUGUCAGACACGACCAAAGAAUGGUUGUAUUGUCCAUGGUAGGACUGGCCAUCUUCUUGCAUGUUAUGCAUGCGCAAAGAAGCUGAAGAAGAGAAAUAAGCCAUGCCCAAUGUGCAGAGAGCCAAUCCAAAAUGUUGUGUUGACCUAUUUCAGUUAAAUCUGUUUAUAAUAGUGUGGUUUGACUUUGCAUAAGGCACACUUCUGGGGAAAAAAAAUGGGUGAAUAAACUGCUUAGGUUGUGAAACUUAUAAUGUCAUUAUUUUCCGUUAUUACCAUUGAUCUGAUGGGGAAACCUAGUCCAUUGGUGCUACCAAAUAUAACCAAUCCAUGUUGGGGCCCAUGUUUAAGAUUGCACUUGAUUUUUAAAAAAAUAUAAUAUAUUAGUUUUGGUUGGUUAGUUGCUUCCAGAAAAGGGGAUCCCAUUGAGAUAAUGAGAAAGAAUAUUUGCCUCUGCAUUUAAUUGGAUUAAACACAUUAAGUGUUCCAGUUUUAAUUUGUUUUUCUCAUUUACACAUUUGUCCUGUUUUCCUCAGUUAAACUAAAUUAUUAUGGAAAUGUUGUAGGCAUCACCUUUCUUUGCUGACUAGCUCAAUUCAAAGUAAUAGCAUGAAAAGAUACCCAAGACAGUGGUAAGAUGUUUCUCUCAGCAUGUACAAGGAAAUUUUUUUGAACUUCUAUUUGUGUACCACUUUCACAUAUCAAAACACUUAUGGCAUUUAGGUACUGUUAAAAGGGAAAUAUUUAUUCAAUAAUUAUCAAAUGUAGAAAUUUGUGAACAAAAAUAGAAAUAGAGAUUUGCUCUUAAGCUUAUUUGCAGAACCUGCAGAUUAGGUUGCAAGCGUUUCAACACCAGUCGAGGUGCCAUCAUCAGUGAGCAAUUGAGUGUUAUUUCUGCCUUGCUUGUGCUUACAUUGGCCUGACUUGUUGUUCUGAUUGGUUGGCUGUCACCCUGGCCACUAGUCUCCACUGGGUCCCUGUCAACCAGAUAUCUGAGUGAUCUUCGCUAGCCCAUAUCCCUGGAUUAUCAAUCGUUGUGAGCGUUGGUUCCUUGGGUGCCCAUGGCUCACCCUUCAGCCCCAUUCUCACAGAAAUAUAUGUUCAGAAAUUGUAUUCAGUUCAAUAUGCCUGUUAUAGAGUCUCCCAUUGAGAAUCAAGCUUCUAAAAAUUCUUUUGAUUUUUUGUUUUGUACUUCUGCCAGGAUUUUUGUAGACAAACUUAUGUCCUUGAUUCUUAUGUACUGAGGUGAGUGACAGAGGAUCAUGUCUUCUUGUGGCUAGCUGAUAUUCAUGUAGUCUCAUGGAUAGUUUUCUCCCCGUUUGUCCUGCGAGAUAUUUGGACUGUCACCACAUCAGAUUUGGUACAUUAUGUUUGUUCUGUUCAUGUAGGCUAUUGGAUCUUUGGGUCUCGAGGUGAGCAUUCUGAUGAUUGCGCUGAGUUUGUGUGCUGCCAUUAUUCCAUGUGGUUGAAGCAGUCUUGCCGUCAUUUCAGUAAUAUUCCUGAUGAUUGGUAGGGUUAGCCUCUUUCUUUCUGUUCAGUAGGAGUUAAAAGGUUGUUUCUCCAGACAAGACAUCUUCUGAUGAAAUUUUUUGGAUAGUCAUCAUGUGUGAAUACUUUGAAAAGAUGAUUUUCUUCUUGAGGUCUGCAGUACUACAUUGUGUUUUUACUCGAUUGGAUAGCUUUCGGAAGCAAGCUUGUUUGUGGCAGUUGGAGCGAUUACUGUAAUAACAAGAUUUGGUCCGUAUUUGUUCCUUUCCAGUAAACCGAUGUUUUCAAACUUCAGUCCACAUUCCCCUGACCAAUACAUCUCGGAAAAGGAGUUGGUCUUCAAGUAGAAGACUUCCGCUGUAAAAUUACUACUGUUGAAUGCAUUGCUGAUUUGGUUUUGCACUUCUUUUAUCUGGUCUCAUUUGCAUGCUGAUAAUGUCACUUCAAUUGGUGACAAAAUUUAACCUCCAGGAUCGGCAAACAAGCAGCCAAUCCAAGCUACCAAUCUCUCUCAUUUCAAAGAAAUAGUUUUUAACAGAGUUUAAUCUACCUACCUUUGCCCUUUCUUCUGUCAGUAGAAAUGGUUUCCCUAGGCUUAGUAGCUAAUUGUAUGGUUACAAAUACAGUAUAUGGUUGUAGAUUUAGUUAUGCCCCAGACUCAGACAUUCAUUCCAUUGAUGAUUUAUAGAGUGAUUGGUUUAAAAUUUGGAAUAUUUACUAAUGACUAAUCAAGAUAUUUUCACUCUCGCACUGCUGAGAUUCUCAGCAAGAACUCCAAGAAAUUUGGUACUCUUAAUGAUCUCUUCUGAGGGGCCAUCGAUUUUCAGCGGGGAGAGUUCGCUCAGUGUCCUCCUGAAGUUAACAACCAUCUCUUUUGUUCACUUUCAGAGACAGGUUGUUGAGACAAAGCUAAAUAAAGGGUAAAAGAGACCGUUGAUACCCCUGCCCCCCCUUACCCCAUCCCUAUCUAUAAUUUUAGACUGGUUCUCUUUCUCUCUCUUUUCCCCCUUCACUAUAAUCUCCCCCCAGCCCUACCUUUCUUUCUCUUUUAUUUCCCAUAAUUCUCCACCUUCCCCCUAGCCCAUUUCCCUUCAGCCUAUCACUUCCCAGCUCUCUACUUCAUCCCUCCCCCCACUUCUUAUCCCCCUUGACCAUCCCAUGUUACUUCACUCCUGAUGAAGGGUUUCGGCCCGAAACAUCGUCACUACCUCCUUCCAUAGAUGCUGUCUGGCCUGCUGAGUUCUGCCAGCAUUUUGUGUUUUUAUUUAUUUCCAGCAUCUGCAGAUUCACUCGUGUUGCUAAAAGAGUAAGUUGGGUCGACUCCAGUGUAGCCACACCUUGGGAAGAAGAUAGGAUUAUAAGCAAACUGAUUAUUCCACUCUUCCCUGUGGGUAGAAAUAGGGCAACUGCAGCACUAUUUCAUAUAAAAGGACUUCCAUUUCAAGAGCUGUAGAAUAUGCCUCAAAUCCUGUAAGACACGGAAAAUAGAAAUACUUAAUUUUACAUACAGGUCCUUGUAAAAGGCUACAUUUUAAUUAUGUAGAGGCCAACAAGCAAAGCAAUGCAAAAACUUAAUGAUUCUAGUUCAUUUACUUGCAAGUGCAGUAAGUCAACUUAUUUAGAUAAUUUGCAUCGCUUUGUGAGCCAAUUUACUUCCUGACAUAGUCUCUGAAUUGGAGGCUUCCAUUAUUAACUACGGUAAUGUUCAUCCUCAGCUGAAGACUGAUUAAUUCCUAAUUUGAAAAUUCUCCAGUUUUCAGCUAGAAGCAUGUAUAGUUUAUGACUUAUCCAGCUAUAAUAUAACCAACUUCAGUUAUUUCGUUUUCCAUUAUUUUGGAGAAAACAGUAUCCAAGUAUGGGUUAACACGAGGAAAUCUGCAGAUGCUGGAAAUUCAAACAACAACACACACAAAAUGCUGGCAGAACACAGCAGGCUAGGCAACAUCUAUAGGGAGAAGCGAUGUCGACGUUUCGGGCCGAAACCCUUCGUCAGGACGGAAAAUAGAAAUACUUAAUUUUACAUGCAUGUCCUUGUAAAAGGCUACAUUUUAAUUAUGUAGAGGCCAACAAGCAAAGCAAUGCAAAAACUUAAUGAUCCAAGCAUGAGUUAGUGUGUUUGCUAGCUGAAAAUAACAAAGUAUGCAUGAACUAGUUAGGAUCCAUGUUUACUGUUACAUUUUUCAAAAUGUUAAUUUUAUCAAGAAGUUUGAUCAUUUUCCCUGUUUAGCAGUAACUCACCAUUUUUCUCCUUUCAUUAGAACUGCUUUGCAACUUUGGUCAAGGUGUAACUUUCAAAGUGAACUUUAAAAAGUGAUCUUUUCUUGAACAGGUUUGGUUAUUGAAUGCCUAGAAUGCAAUUUAAUAUUUUAAUGUAUUGAUAAAAUAAUUUAUAUUCUAGCUAUAUGCUGAUUGUUUUUUAAUUUGUGUUGAUUUAGAGAGUGCAAAGUUUUGUAUACUGUUAAAACUAUUAAUAUAAAAAUACCAAUUGAAUAUAAGUUGUCUUUUCCUUUGUAAAACAUGCUAUUUAAAUUUAAAACAAAGUUUAUUUUCAUUGUAGUUGUUGAAUAAAUUGAUCUAGA